CAAAUGUAAUUUUGCUUUGCUUAGUUGUCAUACUUCUACGACGCAUUCCAUCUAUGAGGGGCCUGUUGCGGCGGUGUAUUCACAAUUUGAUUCAUACAUCGAAAUUUCGUUAACGCAGAGAGAGCCUCUUAUUGCUAGUGUAUCUCAAUUGAGUGACGUUGCGUUGUCGUCUUGUUGACGUUACUAGAACCCACGAGCCGUAGGAAGGACCCAACGCCGUGGAUUCUAUUAUGUUUCUUUGUCCCGUGCAACUACUGGCUGUAUGUUCUGGUCACAUGUGAUUGUUAGAUCGCGCUGCGCAUACGUUCCCUUUACGUGUGCGACACGUCUGCAUGCGUUGCAGACGUUGGAUAGCCUGCCUGCAUCCUAAUUCCCUUUCUAUUUUGAGACGUUUUUGGCGUCCAUUCGGGGCCUCGGCUUGCGAUUGCGCUACUACAUCAGCCAUUUGUCUUUAGGCUUCAAACGUGAACGCAGCAAGACGUGUUCUACAUCAAUCAUAGAUCAAAAUGGUUGUUGAAGUUACACCCACUUCAAAUAUUAUUGACGAGAGCAAUAUGAAGGCUCUACAAAUCGAAGAUGGGGACUGGCGUAAAGGCCUGAAGGUACCCCCAAAGGAUCGUCGCGUACGGACUACAGACGUUACCGACACGAAAGGCACAUCUUAUGAGGACUUUUGUUUAAAACGUGAGCUUCUAAUGGGCAUUUUUGAAAUGGGUUGGGAGGAACCUUCGCCUAUUCAGGAAGAGGCUAUCCCUAUGGCAAAAAUGGGCCGAGACGUGCUAGCCAGAGCAAAGAACGGAACUGGUAAAACUGGUGCAUACAGUAUUCCAGUACUUAAUGCGAUAGAUGACAAAAUGGACAGCAUACAGGCUCUAAUUUUGGUCCCAACCCGUGAGCUGGCUUUGCAGACGGCUAAAGUAUGUUUGCAAUUAGCAAAACAUACCCUCGUUAAAGUCGGUGUGUUAAUUGGUGGUAACCUUGUACAGGACGAUGUAAAACGGGCACAUCAUGGUGCACAUGUGCUGGUAGCUACCCCGGGCCGUGCCCUCGAUAUUCUCAAACACAAUGACAUCUGUUGCGACAAUAUUGAUAAGGUUGUGCUUGAUGAGGCUGACAAGAUGCUAUCAAAAGGCUUCCUACAGGCGACCGAAGAAUUGAUGGAGCUACUGCCGAAGCGCAAGCAAAUUCUUCUGUUCUCGGCAACGUUCCCGAUGGAGGUGCAGUCGUUCGUUAAGAAGUACUGCAGCAAAGAUUGUAAAAUUAUCAAUAAGAUGACCGAGUUAACCCUCAAAGGUGUCACUCAAUACUAUGCGUACGUCCAUGAGAGCCAAAAGGUCCAUUGCCUGAACACGUUAUUCUCGAGGCUGCGAAUCAACCAGGCGAUUAUCUUUUGUAAUUCACAGCAGCGCGUCGAGCUGCUGGCGAAGAAGAUCACUGAUUUGGGUUAUUCAUGCUAUUAUAUUCAUUCGAAGAUGCAGCAACAACACCGCAAUCGAGUUUUCCACGACUUUCGUGAAGGUCAAUGUCGUAACCUCGUUUGCACCGAUCUGAUCACCCGCGGUGUUGAUGUUCAGGGAGUGAACGUCGUUAUCAACUUUGACUUUCCACACCAUACAGAGACGUAUCUGCAUCGUAUCGGCCGAUCUGGUCGAUUCGGCCACCUGGGUAUCGCCGUAAACCUCAUCACUGAGAAGGACCGUGACAACCUUGUCAUGGUCGAACGCGAACUCAACACUAGGAUUGAACCUAUACCGAAGCAGAUUGACACCAAACUAUACGUGGCGGAAUCGCACCUCGAUUCAGUGGACUCGCAGCUUGACACGAUGUAGACGCUGAGGUUACUUUGAGAAAAUAACAUCAACAACAUUUAGGGCUGGUAGGGGUUCCAGGACAUUUAUGAUUUUUCAUGGUAUGAGAGCCCUUUUCUACAUCCGUGUGUCCAGUCAAUUACCAAUUGUCUCUUAGCCCUGUCACGUCAUGCAGCAAUUGUACCUGUUCUACGCUAGUUGUCGGAGGACCACAAACAUAACCCAACAAAACUUUACUCUAUAUAAAUAUACAUGUACUUAUAUACAUAUACCGAUCUAUAUAUUAAUAUACAUUUGCUAUAUAU